AUGAUUCUUACACCGCGUAAAUCAUUUUGCUUUUUCAAUAUCGCAUCGAUAAUAGCUAUAGCAUAUGCAUUGAAUAAAUAUAAUCGAGAAAAUGAUGGAGAACUUGUAAAAAAAUUUAAUGAAGUAAAAGAAUGGCUAAUUAAGGAAGGCAUAAUAUUAUAUAGAAAAUACAGAUUAUUAAAAAUGCCUAAAAUUGAUAAAAAUGUAACAAUAGAUAUGAGUGAUAAAGAAUUAGAAGAAAAAUUUAAUCAAGCAAGUAAUGCUGUUAAAAUUGUUCAAGCAAAAUUACAAUUUGAACAAUGGAUAUAUUUAUAUGGAUUAUAUAAACAAAUAACAUUCGGUGAUAUAAAAAGUGAUAGUAAAUCUUCAUCACUGCAUAAUGAUGAAAUGAUUAAAGCUGAGCAAUUAAAUGCUUGGAGAAAUUGUCAAGGAUUAAAUAAAAAAGUUUGUAAAUAUUUAUAUGUAAAAUAUUUUAAUGAAUUAUUUCCUAAUGGUGUAGAAACUUCUAAUUCUAAUUUUCAAAUUGAUUUAAAAAAAAAUAUAAGUAAAAUGAAACCAUUGACAGAUCGAUUUUUUGGAAGUAAUAAUUCAGUUACAAAAGAUUCGGAAGAAAGUUUAUCAGAUAUAUUAUGUAAUUAUAUUGUUUCACAAAAUAUGUCAUUAAUUAAAAAAACAAUUAAAGCUCAUCCAGAUUUAAUAAAUGCAAAAAACAGAGAUGGACUAACACCAUUACAUUAUGCAUGUGAUAGAGGAUUUUUAGAGAUUGUCAAAUUUUUAAUAAAAGCCGGUGCAAAUAUUAAUGAAGAAGAUUCCUUUGGAGAUUCAGUAUUACAUAUAGCUGCUUAUUCUGGCAAAAUGGAAAUAAUUAAAUUUUUAAUAAAUGCCGGAGUAAAUAUACAUAAAAAAAAUGCUGAAGGUUUAACUUAUGAGGCUAUUCUCGGUCAGUUAUAA